AUGGCCAAGAAGCGGUCGGCCACUGUCGCCUCUCUCCUGCUCUGCGUCGCUCUGGCGGGGCACGCCGUCACGGCGGCCAGGACCGUGCACGCUGCAGCUGGCGGCGCGGCAGAGACAUCGCUUCCGGCCGCGAUAGCCGCAGAGAACGGUUCCGGUGCAGGAGGAGAGGGCGCAGCGGACGAGAAGAACCUGUUCGUGGGCGUGGGAGGCAUGGGGGACCUUCCGAGCAUGCCGGCCUUGGGCGACGGCUACGGCGGUGGCUUCGGCAACAACGGAGACGACCUCUUAACCGGCGUCACGGGCCCACUCGGCGGCGGCGGGGGCGGUGUGGGGAGCGUCGGCUCGGACGGCGGCGUCGGGGGAGCCGGUGGUAUCCCGUUUGGAGGGUUCGCCGGUUGCAGCGCCCUGUUCGGCGGGCUCGGAGGCGGGUAA